AUGUCUUUGCCAUUCAGUACCCCGCCCUCCGAGGCCACAGCCUCCCUCACACCAUUCAAAGCCUCCAUCCCGGAGGCCAGACUCACCGAGCUCGAGACCUUGAUCAAACUAGCAAGACUCGCACCACCAACGUACGAGAACUCGCAGAAAGACCGUCGCUAUGGUGUCACCACUGAAUGGCUAGAGACCAUGCGUGAGAAAUGGCUGAGUUCCUAUCGCUGGAAAUCUUCUGAAGAUCGAAUCAAUAGUUUCCCGCAGUUUGUAACGGAGGUUGAAGGGUUGACGAUUCAUUUUGUUGGGCUUUUCUCUGAGAGGAAGGACGCUGUGCCGCUUUUGUUGUUGCAUGGUUGGCCUGGGAGCUUUCUGGAGUUCUUGCCUAUGCUGCAGAAGUUCAAGGAUGAAUAUACACCGGAAACACUACCUUAUCACUUGAUUGUGCCGUCUUUGCCGGGAUAUGCGUUCUCGUCUGGACCGCCGUUAGAUCGUGAUUUUGGGACUGGCGAUAUUGCUCGUGUUGUAGACCAAUUGAUGAAGGGUCUUGGGUUUGGGAGUGGGUAUAUUGCCCAGGGUGGAGAUAUUGGGAGUCGGAUUGCUAGGCAUUUGGGAGCGGAUCACGAAAGCUGCAAAGCUGUACACGUCAACGUGGUAUUCAUGGGAAAGCCAGACGGCAUGACAGACGAACAUCUCAAUGCCUAUGAGCUCGAAGGAAUUGAGAAGAUGAAGAAGUUCGUUACGACAGGUUCUGGGUAUGCAACUGAGCAUGGUACACGACCAAGUACAAUCGGCCAUGUUGUGUCAACGAGUCCGAUGGCUCUCCUGGCGUGGAUUGGAGAGAAAUUCCUGGAAUGGGUCGACGAUCCACUUCCUGCAGACGAAAUAUUGGAAUCCGUCACUCUGUACUGGCUUACAGAAACGUUCCCACGAGCAAUCUAUACUUACCGACAGGUAAAAUUACCCCCGCCACCAAUCCCAGCCAGCAACGACCCUCGGUGGUACAUCCACAAGCCUUUCGGAUUCUCUUCUUUCCCUGAGGAGCUUGCCCGAUUGCCGCGCUCGUGGAUUGAGGCUACGGGGGAUCUGGUGUUCUGGGAGCAGCAUGAGAAAGGCGGCCAUUUUGCGGCACUUGAGAGGCCAGAGGAAUUGAAGGCGGAUUUGACCGAAUUUGCAGACCAGGUGUGGCCUGGUAUCACUGAGAAGAGGUAA